AUGAACAAGCCGCAAGCCACGGGCUCGGCAAGAGCUUUCAUCAUUUUCAUCAUGCCUUUUGCCAUCCGGCUGAGCGUGUGCCUUGCGGAUCUUUGCUUGCCUUGGCAAGCCAAGGUUGGGCUUUGGAAGCAUGCCCCGAUAGACAGACAAGAUGAUGCUGCGUGCACCAGUUGCGCUCAAGUGGCGCGCUGGCACUGGCAGCUGCCUGAUGCGGAGGUGCCCGAGGGCGCGGCCGUGCCUGAGCUGGUGAAGCUCCGGCAGGCACGGGACGAGAAGCUGGCAGCAGAGAAGAAGCAGGCGCUCGAAGAGAAGCAGAAGCAACGCCAGGAAGAGCGGGCGAAGCUGAAAGAGCGGACUGAGGCUUACGAGAAGGAGUAUGCAGACACUGCCUCGGAGCUUGUGAAGCUCCGCCGAGAAGCGAAGCUCAAUGGAAAUUUCUUCGUGGAGCCUGAGGCGAAGCUGCUGUUCGUCGUCCGCAUUGCAGGCAUCAUCAAGAUGAGCCCAAAGCCAAGGAAGGUGCUCCAGCUGCUUCGACUAAAGCAGCUGCACAAUGGCGUCUUCCUGAAGGUGAACAAGCCUAUCCUGAACAUGCUGAAGCUCGUGCAGCCGUACGUGACAUACGGCUACCCGUCCCUCAAGACGGUGCGUGAGCUUGUCUACAAGCGUGGCUUCGGGAAGGUGAACAAGCAGCGCCUACCCCUUGCGUCCAACGACAUCAUCUCGGACAACUUGGGCAAGUAUGGCAUCCAUGGAAUGGAGGACAUCAUCCAUGAGAUUUACACGGUUGGCCCCAGCUUCAAGCAGGCCUCCAACUUCUUGUGGCCAUUCAAGCUGAGCUCGCCCAAGGGUGGGUUCAUCAACAAGCGCUCGGAUCUUACAGAUGCCAUGCUGCAGCAGACUUUGCUGUGUACUGUAGUCGGUAUGCUGGCGGAGGUCACGGCUUUUGCGAAGCACGGGGAGGCGGAGGUGCCCGAGGGCGCGGCCGUGCCUGAGCUGGUGAAGCUCCGGCAGGCACGGGACGAGAAGCUGGCAGCAGAGAAGAAGCAGGCGCUCGAAGAGAAGCAGAAGCAACGCCAGGAAGAGCGGGCGAAGCUUAAAGAGCGGACUGAGGCUUACGAGAAGGAGUAUGCAGACACUGCCUCGGAGCUUGUGAAGCUCCGCCGAGAAGCGAAGCUCAAUGGAAACUUCUUCGUGGAGCCUGAGGCGAAGCUGCUGUUCGUCGUCCGCAUCGCAGGCAUCAUCAAGAUGAGCCCAAAGCCCAGGAAGGUGCUCCAGCUGCUUCGACUGAAGCAGCUGCACAAUGGCGUGUUCCUGAAGGUGAACAAGCCUAUCCUGAACAUGCUGAAGCUCGUGCAGCCGUACGUGACAUACGGCUACCCGUCCCUCAAGACGGUGCGUGAGCUUGUCUACAAGCGUGGCUUCGGGAAGGUGAACAAGCAGCGCCUACCCCUUGCGUCCAACGACAUCAUCUCGGACAACUUGGGCAAGUAUGGCAUCCACGGAAUGGAGGACAUCAUCCAUGAGAUUUACACGGUUGGCCCCAGCUUCAAGCAGGCCUCCAACUUCUUGUGGCCAUUCAAGCUGAGCUCGCCCAAGGGUGGAUUCAUCAACAAGCGUCACGGCUUUUGCGAAGCACGCGGAGGUGACUGGGGAAAUCGGGAGGAGCUGAUCAACGACCUCUUGAAGCGCAUGAACUGA